UUGUCUUUGCAAAUUAACUCUCAAAUUCUGAAACUGAAUUAGACCUGACAUCAUGUAAUUCAUCUUUAUUAUAUCAAUCUGUUUGAAGGCAGGAGUAAUUCCCUUUCGAAAUUCGUCUUCCUAUCUUAAAAUGGCUGUAUCGGAGCAAUUUAUUUUCCUUGUUCUCGGCUUCAUCGUGUCGCCUUUCUUGUUCGUGCUGGCUGUCAUUAUCGUCCCCGCCUGCUUCGGCGUAUCUCUCGGCAUCAGGAGACUCUACAUUAAAAUUCUGCUGAAAAUAUUCGAGCUUGCAAAGCAAUCAAGCUCCACAAUCAUGACAUCAUUUGGGAAGCAAAGAUUGGAAGUUGCAAUCAAAACACCAGAACCUCGUGAAGAAGAGAAUGAAGAGGACCAAGCAGAAGAAACAAAGCAGACACACCUUACUAAAAAUGGGACCAAUUUAAUUCACAAGGAUUCUCCCAGGCACCUGGCAGAUGGUAUCAAAGCUGAGGCUAAGGGAAUGCGUUAUAACAGAUCAUUUGAUACGUUCAGAAGAGAAUUUGAGCUUGUAGAUGUCUGCUAUUUCUGCAAGAAAGGUGUUGAGGCAAUUUGUGAUGAUGAAGUUACAAAGAGAUUUUCUGCAGAGGAAUUAGGAUCUUGGAAUCUGUUGACGAGGACGAGUAUGAGAUACCAAUAUUUAAGUUUACGUCUGACAGUGCUUUGGUUCAUUGGAGGCCUUUUCCGCUACUGCUUCUUGCUCCCUCUGAGAUUAGCAGUCCUGUCCAUAGCAAUCACAUAUCUGGUGGUUUCAGGAGCUUUCUUGGGUUACUUUCCAGAUUGGAAAAUCAAGAAAGUUUUGAAUAAGUACAUCAGCUUGACAGUCUACAGGAUAGCAUGUAGGAGUUUCUCAGCCCUCAUAACAUAUCAUAAUAAGGAGAAUCGAGCUGAAGGAGGGGGAAUCUGUGUAGCCAAUCACACCUCACCGAUAGAUGUUCUUAUCUUGUCAAGUGACAACUGUUAUGCUUUUAUUGGUCAGAAGCACACCAAGUUCUUAGGUAUCAUCCAACAAGCCAUGAGCUGGUCUGGUAUGGAUCAUAUCUGGUUUGAAAGAUCGGAGAUGAGGGACAGGAAAAAGGUUACGCAAACGUUAAAAGAGCAUGUAGAGGAUUCAUCUAAAAUGCCUAUGCUGAUUUUCCCAGAAGGAACCUGUAUUAACAACACAUCAGUUAUGAUGUUCAAAAAAGGGAGCUUUGAAAUUGGUGGCCGGAUAUACCCAGCUGCAAUAAAGUAUGAUCCUCGGUUCGGAGAUGCCUUCUGGAACAGCUCUCGGUAUUCCAUGGUUCGUUACCUGCUGAUGAUGAUGACCAGUUGGGCCCUGGUUGUUGACGUCUGGUACCUACCUCCUAUGGACAGAUUAGAGAACGAGUCUGCAGUUGACUUUGCUAACAGGGUAAAGGCAGCAAUUGCCAAGCAAGGAGGAUUGCUAGACCUUGUCUGGGAUGGCCAGUUGAAGAGAAUGAGCGUGAAGCAAGAGUAUCGUGAGAAGGAACAGGAGGAGUACAGUAAGCUUCUCAAGGCAGAUUAGACCAGCAUUACACCAUUAACAUAGGCCCAGGACCUUAUCAUUGGACCUGCCAUUAAUCUGGCACUGGAAUUACAAUUUGACCUGCAGUGGGUCGUAUCCAGGUCUAUUGUGGUCCUGGUUCUUUAAUUAUCGCUCUUUUGUAGGUCUGGUCCCUGGAUGUAUUGCCCUACUGCAGGAUUGGUCCAGGACUUCUAAUUGGUCUACUCCUAAUCUAAGCAUCUUCUGGUCCAGGAUUUAGCUAGUGUCUGAUGUGUCACAAGACUACUGUAGGUCUGUGCUCUGGUUCUGCCCACAAUGUAUUUGUGGUCCACUUUGAGUCUAGUCUUCUCUUAGUCUCGGGAUGAAGCUUUUAUACUUUUGAUGAAUCUUAAGCUGUGGUCUUAACUAUCAUCAGUUCUUGGGAUGGUUAAACUGAGUCUUUGAUAUCAAUGUAUCUGCCACUGAAAUCUAGGAAAGCAGCAACUCUUUAAUAAUACUUAAAUAUCUGAUCUAAUCAUUAGAAUUUUUGCUAUUUGAUCCAUUUCUACUCUGAUCUGUUAGGGGUUAUUCCUAUCUCUUCAUUUUUGGGAUUCAGAGAAAAUUGCUUUCAUCACAUUUUGUGAAAGUAACAUGAGAUUCCAGUUUUCCCUUUUAUUUUGUAUUUGUAUACGCAGGACUGAAUAUAUAUUUAUUGAAUCUAAUAUAUACUAAGUGAUUUCACUAAAAUUCAAUUGAAUUAUUUGUUGAUUAUAUGAAAGGUAAAGGGUUGAUUAACUGAAAGGAGUGUGGGCUGUUUAAAAUUGAAUUAAUACAUAAUGCAUUUAUUACUGUGGUUGGUUUUUUCACAGGAAAAACAUCUUUUAUUUGAGAAAGGAAAUACAGUCCCUAUAAAGAAAUAAAUGUAGUUGUUCAAACAUUACAGUUUAUGGAAAGUUGGGUCGCCAUCUCUGAAUUAUUAUGUAUGUUUUUUUUAAUUAACUUCUCAUUGUUGAGUAUGUGUAUAGAGAAGGGUUGAUAUAUGAAAAGUUUAGAACUAAAAGGUACUAAAUCCAUUUCAAUGAAAAUUAUGAGUGAUAUCAGAGAGCUGCUUUCAUGUGUGUCUUCAUCUGAACAAAAGCAUUAGCUAAAUUUUGAGAUUUUGAUUUGACUUUUGAUUUGCUUUAUUGUUUCACAUUUCACCAAAAUAUAUACAUCUUGAACUAAUAAAAAUAAUUACAUUCACUGUUUAACAAAGUAAUUGAUUUGAGUAAGCUGAUUGCUUAUGAAUGAAAAGGAAUGAUCCUUACAAUGCAUGUAUCACUUUCCCCUCAACAAGAACAGUUUUCUGUCAUAAGCCCAAAUCAGACAUUUGGGUCAGUCUUUUUUUUUAUACCUUCGCUUCUGCGCUGCACAAAGAAAAUCAUGCAUGAGAUGCAGUCAAAGAUGUCAAGAUGCAUAUUAAAGUGCUCUUUUAAGCCAAUCAAUGAAAAUUUGAAUUAUUCCCUAAAUCGGACAUUUUGUCAUAAAAAUAUUGCAUUUGUAUAUUUUUUGCCUGCUUAAAAAUAAAAUAGCAAUCCAGAUAACCGCAUUUUGCUAUAGGUCA